UCGGCAGCGUUACAGGGCCCCCGGUGGCUCCCGUCGGUGCCAGGUCAUGUGACCGAACUGAACACUGGGGAAUGCCCCCAGGCUCCUUGCCUCAGAAGGCUUGACUUUUCUUUCCUCGCCCUGCCUCCCCCUCCCUCCCCUCCGCGCUCUAAAACACCCCGAGCCCUUGAGCGUGGAGGGGCAUCCGGCGCCGGCUGCAGCUGGGAAGGAGAGGUGGCUGCUGGGAUCCGGCCGCAUCGCUCCAAGCGCUGGCCAUACGCGAGGAAGAGUUAUAGCGAAGGGAAGCUUGGCGCAAGGGCGGCAGAGUGGCCCCACCGAGAGUCACAUUCAGGUCUUCUGCUCUGCGCUGCCCUGCGAUCCCCCAGUCGCCAACUUUCCUCUACCCCUCUGGAGAUUCUCCUAUUCCUCAAUGGCUGGUAUUAUGCAACAUACUUCUUGCUUGAGAUUUUCAUAUUUGUCUAUAAAGGACUUCUGUUGCCCUAUCCCUCUGCCAAUCUGGCUUUGGACCUGGUUAUGCUUUUUCUCUACCUUGGGAUUGAAGUCACACGGAUAUUUUUUGUUUGGACUCAUACUGAGAAUAUUAGUGAGUUAUGCUUCAUGGAACUGUGUGCUCUUCACAAAGGAGAGAGAAGCUGCAUUCACCUUCCAUUUCAAUGGCUGCCUGUGGCUGGGCCAAGACGAGGAAUGGGGAUCCAGUUCCUUGGACAAACUGAAAGAAGACUCAGCUGCCAUGCAGGCAGAGGGCCAUUAGUAGGGUUUCCAGUGUUUGGAAAAAGUUUUCAUGUGAUGACAGGCCCAAACACUUACUGCACCCCCGCCUUGUAUUCCUCCUGGAGGAUGACAGUUGAUCCAUUCCAACUUUGUACUUUGGGACAUUGACGCUUGCAAGUCAAACAAUUAUGCACCAACCUAAUCAUUAGAUUUUGUGCUUUUCCUCAGAAUGGUACAUUCUAACAACUCCUCUUAACAUGUGUGCAGUGACUCAUGAGGGCACUUCUGCCCAGCCCCUCCUAUCUAUGUUACCUCCUGUGUCCUAUCCCUGAAAAGGGGUAGGGAUGAGGGCAGGGUGCCUUGUGCCCCUUCUUCAACUCAGUGUUGUUAUUGUGUGUAUUAGUAAUUUGUGGUACUUGGUUUUCUACUGCAUCCUUGGAAUAAAUAUUUAUUUUUCAACUAUUA